GCGAAAGCUCGGUUUCCAGGAUACUGAUUUCAUUACUAAAGUUACAGAAGAAGCACCGGGUUUUUAACUCUUCAGAUAAUCAUGGAGAAGAUAACAGAGAAGCUCCUGCUGGAGAAAGGCUCUCCAAAAGCCACCAAACUGGAGAAGAUCAAGGCCCUGAACCUCUCUAAGCUGACUCUGAAACUGGAGGAUCUCCCGGUGCCUCUUCUCUCCCGUCUUUCUUCCCUGGAGCGCUGGGAUCUCUCUGGGAACCGACUGGAGGAGUUUCCCCGCCGCCUGGAGCUUCCUGCGCUCAGACACCUGGAUCUGAGCGACAACCAGAUGGAGGACGUGACGUCUCUGGAGGCUCUGAGCGGCCUGGAGGAGCUGAAGCUGGAGGACAACCUCUACAUCACCGUGAGUGAUAACCACAAGCUGAUGGUGUUGCUUCCCAAACUCAGGAUGUAUAACGGGAAAGACGUCACGUCCUCCGCUAACCACCUGCGCUUCGUCUACAGUGCGAACCUCCAGACACGGAUCAUUGCAGUUUGGGAGAAGCACUUUAGUCUCCCGGACCCCGUCACGGCGGAGAAACUGUCGGCUCUGAGGAAAGACUUUGUGAUCGCAGCCAGUCAGCAAGUUCGAUUCGGACCCAGCUCCGUCAGCGACUUCACCAAGUGGAGGGUGGAGAUCAUGGCGAAGGAGUAUCUGAUCUCUCUGACUGAACCAAAGAAAGAACCGGAGAUUCAAGAUUCUCCUGAACCCAAAGAGACUCAAGUUGUCCCAGUGACCUCCACCAAGAGGAAACAGCUUCCCUCUGAGAGGAUCAGUCUGACGCCUCGUAAGAAACUACGACACUCAGAUCUCCCAGAAUCCCCGGCUGAAAGCAGUCCUCGUAAAGCCAACCGUAAAGUACAGAUGCUAACGGAGAGUAGCAUCUCAGUGAGGAUGAGCCCCCGAAAGAAGAACCAGCCUCCCCCAAAUCUCACCCCCGUCAGAGGAGCAACGACCCCCAGCAGAGGAGCCAAAGUUCAGCCAAUCAGAGAGGAGGAAGUGGAGGUGAUUAAACAGAAGAAGAAAAAAGAGGAGCUGCAGAAAGAAGAUGUGAUGUCAUCAUUUAAGAGCUGCGGAAACACACAGCCGGUGUCUCUGAAGCCUCUCCAUGUUCUCCAGUGUCACAGUAAGCAGGACAGCAGAGAGGAUUUCUCCACUCAGCUGUGGGCCUGUGCCUUUGAGCCUCAGUCAGAAACAGGCUCUGGAGGUCGUCUGGUGGCGACGUGCGGAGGAGAUUCUCUCUGUGUGAUCGACUGUGAGACCGGGAUGGUGAUGAAGAAAUACAAAGUCUCUGGAGAGGAGUUCUUCUCUCUGGCCUGGUCCACGGUGCUGAUGACCCGUGGGGGGGGGCGCUCCUCGGCUCAGCCCUGCAACGUGCUGGCAGCGGGGGGGAAGAGAGGUCUGGUGAAACUCAUCCAUCCCAGAAACAACGUGGCGUUCGGAGAGUUCAGAGCCAGCAGGAAGUCUCUGUCCGUGCUGUGCUUCAACCACAGGCAGGGCAACUUCCUGUUCACGGGAUCGUACGAUAACAAGAUCGUGAUGUGGGACAUCGGGGGGCUCGACAGCCAGUACAACUACAAAGUCAUUCAGCUGCUGGUGCUGGAGGUCAGCUCCCCCCCCCUUCACCUCUGCCUCCCCCCCUCCUCCCCCUCCUCCCAGCUGCUGACGGCCUGUGAGGACGGGCUCUACUUCUACAAAACACAGCUGGAGACCAAGAGCUCCAACAAGAGUCGCUCAAAAGAGAUGGAGAUCACGUUCCCUGUUUAUAAAAAGGAGGACAAGGAUCACGAUUAUCACACCGUGGACGGACUCAGCUUCCUCACGGACGACAUCGUGGCUUCUAAGAACUUUCUCCACAGCAGUAUCUAUCUGUGGAGUUUGAGCAGAACGACGGCCCAGCGACCCGAUAAGAAGAGCCUGAGUGUGAGUGCUGUGGUUCUGAUGGAGCUGCAGUGGACCAGCACUGAGGUUCCUUACCUGGCUCUGAACACCUGUCCAGGUCGAGGAUACAUAGUGUGUGGAGAUGAUAAAGGCCGGCUGUGGACGUACCACAUCACCAACCUGCAGAAGAACAACUUCCAGAGCGGGAAACCCAUCCAACCCACACAGGUGUUGGAUUGGCCGUCCCCGAUGAGGAAGGGCCUCGGGGGGGUGGAGGGUCCCUCCAUCAACAGCGUAGCGAUGGAUCCUGAACUCCAGUACCUGGUGGCCCUCAGCGACAAAAACAUGGUGAUCGUUUGGAAGAGAGCGGAGAAUUUGAGGAAAUGCUGAGUUUCAUUUGUAAGAAAAAAUGAUCAGACUGUACCACACCAUGUUGGUAUUUGUUGUUUCUCAUCACAACAACAUGACUAUCUGUUUGUCGAAGAUACUUCUCCAUCAUUUGUGAUCGUUUGGAAGAGAGAGGAGGCAUCAUGAGGAAAUGCGGAGUUUCAUUUGUAAGAAAAACUGAUGUGUACCACACCAUGUUGGUAUUUGUUUGGGUUGUUUCUCAUCACGAAAACUUGACUAUCUGUUUGUCUUAAGAUCAUUCUCCAUCAUUUGUUCGGGGAAAGUUACCCUUAUGUUGACGCCAUGGGGAAAAGUGUCAUAGCUAUUGUUGGCCAGACAGAUUUAAGGAACAACAUGGUGAUCGUUUGGAAGAGAGAGGAGGCAUCAUGAGGAAAUCCUGAGUUUCAUUUGUAAGAGAAACUGAUGAAAAACUGAUGACACCAUGUUGGUAUUUUUGAGGUAUUUGUUGUUUUUCAUCACAACAACAUGACUAUCUGUCGGUCGAAGAUAUCUCUCCAUCAUUUGUUCGGGGAAAGUUACCUUUAUGUUGAUGCCACAGGGAAAAGUGUCGUAGCUAUUGUUGGCCGGACAGAUUUAAGGAAUCCAAAACCUGUUUUUUAAAACAAAGUAUAACGUAAAAUUGAGCAGUUUCAAUUCUGUAGAACUUUAUACUGAUUUACAUAAAAGAUGGUGCUGUUGUGAACAGUAGCUAAGGGUAGAGAAUUGUCCUAGUUGCUGUGUGACACGUCGUUCUCUGUUAUUGGACGUAGUUAUGAGUUGUUAUUAUUAGAGUCAAGAUUUAAAGGCUCUGUUGUCAUUUGCACAAUAGCUAAAGCGUACCUACAAUUUUUUUCCAGAAACGAUAGAAGGCUUAAGAACAGACUGCUUUAACAAAUGCAACAUACUUAAGACUUAGAAGUAAACAAAUGGUGACAUAAACAUGAAAGCAUAUAGCAUGUGCAUCAUGUUCACAAAUGACAGGUUAAUUACUAAUUGUGUUAACAUUUGAAGAAGACAAAACAAUGUUAUUUAAGUCUACAUUAUCGGCUUUAAGCAUCUCGUUUUACAUUUAGAUCUUUUCAAUUUAGUUUCUGGUUUUAUUUGAGUAUUUGUUACAUGUCACGAUUUGUGUAUUUAGUGAAGUAAUUUGUACUGAAGUUAAAAGCCACUGAGAAGUAUUUGUGUCCAGGAGCACAAAUGUAAUAAAAGCUCAUGCAGUCGAAUGAAACAAUGAUCAGACAUGUGUCAGGAUUUGGUACAGUGUGAAUUAACCUUGACUGUGUUUCUAACCCUAACCUUACAGUUUUUCUACUGUAACUGCUUUUUCUAUUUUCACAUGUUGUGAAGUUGUACAAUGGAUUUUUUUAAUAAAACAA